UAUAAGUUAACAUAUAGCAAGAACACCGAUGCUUCACAUCCCACCACCUUCUCUUCCUCUUCUGUCGCUAUAACCUUUCUCUACAGCCUUAAAAUGAACAAUAUCAAGCACUCUGUCACUGCUCUCCUUUUGCUCUUUUGUUCUUUCAUAGCUCUUCUUUCCUUAACAUCAGCCCAAGCUUGCAAGAAUUCUUGUGGUAAAAUCCCCGUCAAGUAUCCAUUUGGAACUGGCCUUGGCUGUGGCGAUCCAAGAUUACAGAAAUAUGUAACUUGCAAUCAAGACAAGCUUACUUUGACCACACAUACUGGCUGCUAUCCUGUCACCAACAUAGACUACACCAAUCAAGUUAUUUACAUCUCAGAUCCUUCUAUGUCAACCUGUGCUUGCACCCAACCAAGCAAAGGCUUUGGCUUAGACUGGGAUGCCCCUUUCUCUUUUUGUGAUGAUACCGUCUUUACAUUACUCGACUGCUCAACCUCUUCAUCACCUAUUUACAGAACCAAUACAAAUAGUGAUAGUAAUGCCACUAUAGUUCCUCAGUGUGAUAGAACAGGAGCACCUAUUUGCAGUUUCUUGUAUUCCUGUCAAGCUAUUAGCAUGCUCAAUCUCCCUAUCUCUACUUGUUGUGUAUAUACCCCAGUUGAUCUCGGACCGUCUUUUGAAAUGGAUUUAGAGAAAUUGCAAUGCCGUUCUUAUUCUGGGUUCUAUAGCUUUAGUGGUCAGAAAGCUAAUCCUGAAAAUUGGAAGUAUGGAAUAGCACUUAAGUACAAGUUUAAUGUGUACAAUGACUAUCCAACCUCUUGUGCUAACUGUGAGAAGAGUGAUGGUGUUUGUGGUUAUGGUGGUGCUUUCAAUUCCUUUGUUUGUAAUUGUCCUAAUGGCUUGAACACAACGUCAGAUUGUUUGUUUGGAGCAUCAUAUAAUCAUGGAUCAAGCCUUUUCCCAUGGCAGACAGGUACUUGGUUAAUCUAUUCCUUGGCAUGCUUUCUGGUUUGGGCAUUCUUGUAGGCCUUUAUUUUUACAUAAAGAGCAUAAGCAAACUGUAUUUUGUUUUAAUGUAUCUAUCUUCGGAUGUAAGAAAAGAAAUGUUCAAAAGCAAUUAGUUACCCUCUUCUUUCUACUUCUCACUUUCUCAGCAGUCUCUUUCUGGUAAAGAAUACAGGACGCCAAUAGUUGUAAUUGAAACAUAUAUAUAUAAUAUUAUUUGCUAAUUUAGCCAAUAAAGCAGAGCAGGCUAAGCUUAUCACACCAUUAGCCUACAAUUUUCAGAGUUUGUGUUUGUUUUGGCUUUAUUUUGGGGUCCAGCUUUCAAAGUGGUCCUCUAAUAGCACAGAGGGGUAGUGAUGGUAAUGGAAACAAGAUCAUGGAAUAAGGUUCUUUCUUUUGAGCAUUUGCAUCCACCAAAGAGAGAAUCACUUUCAUUAUAAAGGUAGUGUUUUUUGAAGGCCCUACUCGUCAACUUCCACAGAGAAAGAUGUAAAGAAGCUUUGUAACUACAGUUUUAUUCUCGAAUCAUCAGUAUCAUCGCUGUAUAUCAAACUCCGCCACCUAACAUUUUACAA